GUGUUAUGGAGAAGAUGGGAUUAGGUCCUGAAGAUUUACUAAAAGAGAAUCCGCGCCUGAUUUAUGCACGACAGAGCGGAUCCUACACCAAGGCUGCCGGGCAUGAUAUCAACUACCUGGCCAUGUCAGGGUUACUUUCCAUGCUGGGCCGUAGCUCAGAGAAACCCUACCCUCCACUGAAUUUGGUGGCAGACUUUGCUGGAGGAGGUCUCGUGUGUGCUUUUGGGAUUGUGUUGGCUCUCCUGGAAAGGAGCAGGUCAGCACAAGGCCAGAUCAUUGAUGCCAGCAUGGUGGAAGGUGCAGCAUAUGUCGGCUCCUUCAUGUGGAAGUCCCGAAGCCUCGGCCUGUGGAAUCGUCCUCGUGGAGAAAACAUGCUAGAUAGUGGCGCUCCAUUCUAUGAUACAUACCGUACUUCUGACGGAAAGUAUAUGGCAGUGGGGACGAUUGAGCCUCAGUUCUACCAACAGCUUAUUCAAGGAUAG